AUGCCGCUCAACUAUGCCAAGUGGGAUUCUGUGGAGCUGUCCAAUGACUCAGACUUGGAAUGCCCUCCGGCCAUCAAUAAAGAGAAAAAUGCUCCCCCCAAGCAUUGUCAGACUCAUCAACAACAUGAAUGCAGAAAAGCCGAGGACAAAGCCUUCAAAUGGACGGGAAAGCUGAACGGUAUCAACAUCAAACAGCUCCAACAGCUCCUCACCAACAUCGACAAGAAAGGUGUGAUCCACUUACGAGAGGCGUCCGCUAAGCUAUUGGCUCGGGGUCAAGGAGAUUCGGCCAGGACUGCUCUCUUCAGGUAUAUCGAUGACACCCUCCACAGGAUCAAGGACCUUCGGCCAGCCAAUCAGCACGCAUCUGCUGUCGAACAACUACAGUACCAUCUAGCUGAACUCGUCGAUCGCGAAAGACAACACAAAAUUGAAUUGGAAAAACAAGAGACCGUCGCCCACGAGCAGCCUCCCUGUGGCCAUGCUCAUGAGGAAUUUGAUGUUUCUCAAUGUCCCAAGUCUGGAGCUCCCUUCACUGCCCCCACCAGUCAGCUCAACUCAACCAAGAAAGACAAGUCGACGGGGAAAGACGAGCCAAACAAGAAAGACGGGCCCACCAAGAAAGACGGAAAGUCAACAGCGAAAAGCAAGUUGACGGAGACCACCGACAAGGAAAAGUCGACCGAGAAAGUCAAGACAAUGAAAUCAGUACUCCUUCCUGGAAUCAAGUCAGCAAAGAAGCCGCAAACCAAGCUAAACAUUAACCCAUCCCCUUCCAAGCGCCCCAAACCUCCGUCGCCCAUCAAUCCUUCAACUUCACCAGAGUCUGCAGCAACACCGUCCAAUAGAAAUUGUAACGAAGUCAAGCAACGUAGAGUAGCUCCCUUGCCAGCCACCAAACCUGAUGAAACCGGACAAUACGAAUCCUCAAGCUGCCAUCAAUGCCGUGUCAAGACCACUCGACCAAAAAUGAUUUGUGAUCAAUCGCAGAAUCCUAGCUGUGUUGUCCGAGUUUGCUACACCUGUCUGAUGAGGCCUGUUUACAACAACAUACCCGAACUUCGACCCCCACUCCUGGAGUUUAAACCGGGUGGAAAAAUGCUAUGUGUGAAGUGUAGAGGUGUCUGUCCUUGUGCUUCCUGCCGGCGAAUCAGAUUUGAAAAUGAAAAACCCCAAAGAGGCUUUGGCUCUAGUGUCAAACGAUUUUAUGUUCCAAUCCCCACGAUCGACAAAUCACAACCCUGCAACCUUUCCACUACAACUGUUCCACGUAAAUCAAAUCGACUCAUGCAAUCUGAACCGAACCCUCCCUCCACAACCUCUGUUCACAGAUCAAAUCGACCCAUCCAAUCCACACAAUCGUCAAGUUCUAUCGCAAAUCUCCCCGAGCUGGUAGACCCGUUGGCCUCCCAAACUCUUGUGUGUAAUACUUGUCCAGGUGAAACCCAUGAUCCUCUUGAGUGCAUACUUAACAUCCAGCAGAGAUGCCUGAUGCUAUCUCAAGAGUCGGGGCUUCAACUGAGCACAAGUACUGCACUUGAGAUAAAGGAUGAUCCAACGGGUGCCCCUGCUCCUCAACCACUCAGCAACCGACAACAACGAUUCCGAGCCCACAAGGCUGAGAAGCAGCGGCAAAAACGUCUAGCAUCCAAUGUGACGUAUGCUGGCCAACCUUAUAUCACAGCACAUGUAUGUCGAAAGGCGGAUCCCACCACCCCGAUUCGACUGUUUCGGAAAAGUUUUGUUGCUUGGACGAAUAACAGUCGGAAAAACAUUGCGGCUGUAGUGAAAUUUCACCCGUUCAACACUAUGGAGGACUCUCUCAAAGCGCAAUUUCAAUACUUAAGUCAGCAUCUCAUACAGCAAUCGAAGUUCCAGAACCCAAAUAAAAUCAACUCCGCUGCUUAUGCUGGAAGCAUGUAUAGUCUUGGCUGGCGAAAGGCUUUUGAAGCGGAAACCACAAUUGGUGUUCCAGGUAUUUCCGAAAAAGUAUCCUUUGAUCGAAUUGGAUAUGAAGACCUCCAAACGAAUGUUCCAAUAAUCAAUGAAUUCAUUGGCAAAGGAUUUCAAUUACUCUCUGAACCUCUCUACAACGAAGUGAAAGAGCACUUUCAACCUCUCGAAGCUCCUGGUCUGGCUCCUCACUUUUUCACUGACCCCGAUGGAUUCACUUGCCAUCUUUCCUACACAUUCAGACACUUUGCAAACACUCCUCACGAAGAUGAUGACGCUUCCCCGUACUCGUUUGCCAUGUGGCUUCCCAUUGAUCAAAACUCUGGCGACUUGAUUGAAGAAGAUCUGAAUGAUUCCAAGGUGUGGUCGAAUGCGCAUGGAAGGCCAACUCUUUCUGUCAUCUAA